AUGUGGCGGAAAUUUCUAUGGAGCACUUUUGGUUUACUGUUUCCAGCAACUCUGGGACUCGUUGUAUCAAGUGAUGAUAACGGCUAUUUUCUGGCAUCAUUACACAAAAGUUUGUUUGAAGGUAACUACACAUCAACAAUCCGGCCUCAUUGUAGCGAAAGGGCAGUGAACGUAACUAUCGAUGUAGGACUUCGAGAAAUAGUAGACCUGUCAGAGAAACAAGAAACCAUCAAACUAAAAAUUUGGGUUCGUCUUAACUGGGAGGACUGCAAUCUAAAGUGGAAUACCACAGACUUCGGUGGAAUUUCUAAAAUGGUAGUUCCAUACGACAAACUAUGGAUCCCAGAUGUGACUUUGCUCGAGGGUAUUAAUGAGAUUGCAAAUAUGCCAGGUAUGAAACAAUAUAGGACCUUGAUAACAAAUCUUGGGAAAGUUCAUUAUCAGUUCCCAACAACAGUACACAUGUCAUGCGGAAUGAAUAUUGCCAAGUUUCCAUAUGAUUAUCAAAUAUGCACAAUGACCUUUGGUUCCUGGAUACAUACAUUCACUGGAAUAGAAAUGUUUAGUAAAUCUGACAUUGGGAAUCUCACCUCCUUCAUCAACGACCAAGAAUGGAUUGUUGUACGUCUACAGGCAGCCAAGAUUACUGAAUUGUAUAAUUGCUGUGAUGAACCAUUCUCUAGCAUUUCCUAUAAACUGGUGAUCAAACACAAAGCCACUUUCUACAUAAUCACGAUGAUUCUGCUUUUCUUUGCCCUCACCAUAUUAUCUAUUGCUGGUUUUGUUUUCCCAUCCAACUCUGGUGAGAAGAUCACAUUCCAUAUGACCAUUCUUCUGGCAGUAACCGUGUUUCUGUUGUUGAUUCAUGACACCUUUCCAUCCUCCUCCGAAUUCUUUCCAAUAAUUGGAAUCUACUUCACCAUCACUCUUCUGUUGAUGUGCUUGUCUUGUGUCAUGUCUGCCAUAGUUUUUUAUUUUCAUAAACUCGGUGACAAGAAAAUGCCAGAAUGGGUGCAGAAACAUUUGGUUAACAGGCUUGACCGACUUCUGUGUAAAAAAAACUCGGAGAUAGGAAGGGGAGAUAAUCAAAAUGUAAUUAAAGAAACAUCUAAAACGGGAAAAUCAAAUUCCGCCUUUGUUGACGACUCGGGGACACGUGUAAAAGGGAACGAAAAUCAGAAUGAAAGGAAAGAAAGUGAAAUUCCACCUACAAUAAAUACUCAAAAUUCCGGCGGUGACAACUCCGAGACAAAAGAGAAAAACGAAAAUAAAAAAUGGGAACAUUUGGUCAUCCCGCUGGACCGGUUCUUUACUGUUUUCUACAUCCUUGUCACAACCCUCAAUACUACUGCCUUUCUCAUUGUGCUUAGUCAGAAUGAUGAACCAUAA